AUGCUGAGGUAUUUAGAGAAAGGCCUUUAUGUCAUAGGCACCCCUGCGCUACUGAUCGGGUGUACCUACUGGGUCUACAAGCGCCAGAAAGAAAUCGCAGAAGACCCUUUUGAGCACUUAGAAGAUGUUGAUAGCAAGUAUCUGAGCUCCACUGAGAUUAAGAAGCUUGAAAAUGACACCCAGAAGGUCUAUAUCCUUGGCAUAGAUGAGAAAGAAUCUAUAGAGAACAUCAGACUUGUUAACAACUUUAUUCGAGACCUAAGCCCAAGGAAUGUGGUCGUAGAACUCUGUGAUGAGCGGUUUAAUGAGCGUUAUAAUGAUAUCAUGAAGCAUCCCAAAUUCGAAGCAAUCAUGCAGAAGUUCUAUAAUGUCCUUAAUAACGAUGAGAAAGUCAAGAAGCUUGGGGAGAAAUCCGAUAUGAUAGAACUACAGGAAAUGGAAUAUUUAGUAGCAAUAGACCUCUGUAGUUACCAUGUCCCUCAGUGCAGAAGUCUGCUUGGAGACCGUAAUAGGAGUAUUACAGAGAAAAGAAUCAGAGCCAAGCUCAGACUUAGUGAUAUCCUCACUCAAGAAGAGGGAAUCGGAGCUUUACAUGUACUCAGCCCUUCAAACGAGAAGGAUUCUGCUGAAGAAGUUGACGAUAUUAAGAAAGCACUAGCCCAGACGGAGGAAGACGAGGAAGAGUUUGAUUUUGAUGCCGCCAAAGAGGAGGAUAUUAAGAAUGACUUCAAAACUGAUGAGCAGAUUUACCAAGAAGUUAUCAUUGAUGAAAUCAACCAAGUCAUGCUCAAGAACAUCGCAAAAGCAGACGGAAACAUCAUCGCUGUAAUUAUGAAAAAUGAGAGGAUUCCCUCAUUCAUGAAGCUCUGGAAAGGAGCCUAUGAUGAGUUCUAUCAAGAUGUUGAUAGGAAGAAGAAGUUAGAGGAGAUUAAAGAGAAAAGACUGAAGAAGAAGCAAAAACAGGAGAAAUCUACUUAA